AUGUUCUUCACAACGAUCAUAAUUGUACCGUUAUUUGCAAUUGGAGGUGGGCACACUCCGACGAACGGGUCGGACGUGCUAGUGACGUAUACGGGACACAGCGAGGCCGGUUCUCCGGUCCGUCCCGAGCUGGAAACACCAGAAGCCAGCGUCCGCGAUGUCGGUGAUGCCGCUCGCAAGGUCCACGACAGCGGUGGUGUAACAGGUGCAGCUGACGAGGUCAUUUUCAUUCCGAACGAGAAGCCUGUCGUGAGGAAUGAAGACUUGCGAAACGAGGAAGCUGCGAGGGAUGUGCUUACGAGGAAUCAGUUGCCUGAUAAUGUGAACGUCGGCACUGAGUCACCGAACCAAGACGUAGUUUUCAUAUCCGGCAAGAACCACGGCAGCGAGGAAAAGCCCGACAAGAGGAGAACAGAGAAGCGGAAGAAAGAGAAAGUAGCAGAAGAAGAGGACAAGGGCCCCACUGCGGUGAAACUCGACUGUUCCAAUCUAGACUGCGAGGUCGCGCAAGUGCCGGUCUGCGGGGGCAAGUUGGAGCGAAAAAGAUGGACGUAUCGUCUGUUUCUUAACGAGUGCUUCUUCAGGAAGGUCAACUGCGCGUUCAGGAAUCGUGGCAAUAGAUACAAACAAGUCCCGAUAGAUAAAUGUGCGGGCACAGCUGCUGUGUUCUCCGAGAGGCCUGUCUUUAAGCUCGCUCCACUGAAGAUCACACCACGGCCGCAGUUAAAGCAAAACGACACGAGACGGAGCAUUUCAUCCCGGCGAUCUCUGAACAUGGGCCCCAACGGCCAGUUCUGCUCGCAUCCGUGCCCCGUCAGCUGCACCGAAGAGUACGACCCGCAGUGCGCCGUCUCCGCAACGGGCCAGAAGCGCGUCUUCCUCAACCACUGCAAGCUUGACCACAACUCUUGCUUAUACAGAGCAGUGUGGCACCGACGACCACUGUCUUGGUGUGUUGGCGGCAAGAUGGCUGACAUACAGCAGAACAGGGGUUUCAUCGCGUGGAUGCAGAGGAACGGAGUUGUGGACAGGAAGGGGAGACUGGCUCUUCCU